AUGAGUAACUUAGAAAAUCGUCAAUCUGAAUUCAUGGAGAGAGAACGAAGUGGAAUCAGUUCAAAUAAUAAUAAAAUAAGGAAAAACAGAAUAACAAGCAAAAUGAAAAUUAAAGUGAACGGACCGAAUUUCAAAGAGCAUUUGCUGACAAUUCUUACAAUUGGUGCUGUGAUUCUUGGUGUUGUUACUGGAAUUAUUGUCAGAGCUGCUGGUCUCGAUGAUGAAACACCGAAAUUCAAUCCACGUACUGUUAUGUACAUCAACUUUCUUGGAGAUUUGUUUCUGAGAAUACUUAAAUCAUUAAUUUUGCCACUUAUCGUCUCAUCAUUAAUUGCUGCAGUUGGAUCAUUAGAUAUCUCACUAUCUAAACGUAUAGGAACACGUGCAAUUGCUUAUUAUCUUCUAACAACGGUUAUGGCCGUUAUUUUAGGGAUUAUUUUGGUUGUUACAAUUCGGCCUGGUGGCGAUGGUUUAGAAAAACAUGAUAAUGAAGGCAGCAAACCAUCAACACGAGCUGUCACGACACCUGACACAUUAUUAGAUUUGGUGAGAAAUAUUUUUCCACCAAAUUUAGUCCAAGCGGCUAUUCAGCAAUAUCAAACAGUUCUUGUAAACAACUCAAAUCCAGACAUGAGCCAGUGGAAAAUAACAGGUGCUUAUACAGACGGAACUAAUAUUAUGGGACUUGUUGUUGCGUCUAUAGUUUUUGGAAUAGCCAUAAGUUCUACGAGAACACAAUCGAAGCACUUGCUGACUGUUUUUAAUGAAUUGAGUCAUGUUAUGAUGAAAAUUACUCGAUGGGUUAUUUGGUUAAGUCCUUUGGGCGUGUUCUUUUUAAUUCUAUCAAAAAUUAUGGAAAUGGACAAUAUUUUAUCAGUUUUUGCCAAACUUGGGCUUUACUUCCUGACUGUCAGCGGUGGAAUAAUUUUUCAUGGAUUUUUUAUCCUUCCAACAAUUUUCUUCUUCCUUACACGAAAAAAUCCAUUAAAAUUUAUUGGAAAUAUGGCUCAAGCUAUUGCAACUGCUUUUGGAACUAGUUCAUCAUCUGCAACAUUACCUGUCACAAUGGAAUGUCUAGAAGAUAAGAAUAAAGUUGAUAAAAGAGUUUCUAGAUUUGUAUUGCCGAUUGGAGCCACAAUAAAUAUGGAUGGAACGGCAUUAUAUGAAGCGGUAGCUGCUAUUUUUAUCGCACAAUUAAAAGGAAUUCAGCUUUCAGUUACACAAAUAAUUGCUGUCAGUGUGACAGCUACCUGUGCAUCGAUUGGUGCUGCUGGAAUUCCGCAAGCAGGUCUAGUGACCUUAGUUAUGGUCUUGGACACGGUCGGACUUCCAGCUGAGGACGUUUCGCUUGUAAUUGCCGUCGAUUGGAUGCUUGAUAGAAUCAGAACAGUCGUAAAUGUCUUGGGCGAUUCCUUUGGUGCAGCCAUCGUUGAGCAUUACAGUAGAAAAGAAUUGUCUAAUUCAACGGCAACACAAACAAUUGAAGUUCAGCCAAAAUCUAAUGGAAAUUCAGUAUAUCCAUUGACAGUCGAUGAUAAUGAAAAUAACUCAGCUAAUUCUAAAGGAAGGAUUAAUUCAUCAUUUAUGGACGAACGAGUGUAA